AAGCGAUGAGAUAUUAUCGCAAAACAACAAUUUUUCACAAAGAAAAAAUAUGAAGAAACAAAAAAAUCAAUUUCAAAAAUUGAAUGAAAAAUCAAUGUCAUUGAAAUUAAAAAACUUUUCAUCAGCAUUUAAAACAAUAAAAAAAUCAUUGAAUAUUAUUAAUUCAGUUAUUGAUAUUUCGGAUGAUGAAAGAAACAGUGAUUCUGAUAUUCAAGAAUUGGAGGAAAAUAAUUCACCAAAAAUGAAAUUAAAAUUUCCAUCUGAUUCAGAUAAUGAUGAAGAAAUAAAUUCCAUGAGUGAAUCAAAAUUAAGAAAAAUUGGAGAAUUUCUUUCAAAUUCUGAAAUUAAAGAAAAGGCGAAAACAGAUUUAAUUGAGUUUAACGACAAUUCGGAAAAUGAGAUAAUAUUAGCAAAUACAGAGGGUGAAAGUGAAAAUAAAAUUGAGAAAAUUAAAGAAAAUGCUUUAAGGGAAAAAUUGGUAUCAAAUGAAUUGGAAAAUAAAUUAUCUUUACUUGAAGAAACAAAGGAAACAACAAUUGAAGAUACUUUGAAUGAAGUGUCGAGGAAGAAUUUAAACGACAUUGAUGAGAAAAAAUUAAUAUCACCACAUGAGAAACUAAAAAUGUCAUCUUACGUAAUGUUAGAAAUACUUGAUGAAAAAUUACUGGGAAAUCAGUUGAAAACAAAGAAAAAUCUCUCUACUUCCAUUAUUGUUAUUGAUAAAUAGCAAUUUCUACCUGUCAGCUUGAAAUCAUUAAUUUAUGAAUUCAAAAUCGAGAAUUUAUUCUCAAUGUCUUUGGAUUAAUACAAACCUUGUGGAAAAUUCAAUAAGUCUACCAAAAUCAACGCAAAAUCCAAUCUUCAUGGAAUUGUCGUCGGAUUAAAUUUAUUCGAAAGAAAAAAAUUAUUUAUCGUUUUCAAUUUUUAUUUUUUAAUUUCCAAAUUUGAUACAAAAAAUUUCAAUAUUAUUCGUCAUUCUCUUUCUAUUUAUUAAUCAGUGAAAAAUUAUCCCUUUUCUUAAUUUUUUCAUUGCUUUUCAAUUUCUUUAUGUUCUUUUCUAAAAAAAAAAAAAAAAAAACAAAUAUAAUUUGUUAUUCAAAAGUAUUUUUUUUUUCAUAAAUUUCUUAAUUGAAUAUUUUUUUUUUUUAGAAUAUAAUCAUUGUUCUUAGUAUACAAAUAACAAAAUUAAGGGCUUUCGAUUGUAAAAAAAAAAUAAAUAUAUAUAUAUAUAUUUUAAAUUUUCUGUUAAAAAUAGAGAGAAUUACAAAACUCAAACAGUGCCAUAUUAAAAAAAAAAAAAAAAUGUUUAUUAUGUCAAAAUUCUACUGAUUGUUCAUCAAGCGAGUAAAUUUUUCACGCUUUAAAAUAAAAAUGUUUUAUUUGUAUGUUUGUGCUUAAUAUUUUAAUUUAUUAUUUAAUUUUUAAAUAAAUUAAAAUUACAUAAGACUUUUUUUUACUCAAUGUUUUAUAUAUAUAUAU